AUGCCGCCCUCCGGGCUGCGGCUGCUGCCGCUACUGCUGCCACUGCUACGGCUGUUAGUGCUGACGCCAGGCCGGCCGGCCGCGGGGCUGUCCACCUGCAAGACCAUCGACAUGGAGCUAGUGAAGAGGAAGCGCAUCGAGGCCAUCCGCGGCCAGAUCCUCUCCAAGCUGCGGCUCGCCAGCCCCCCGAGCCAGGGGGAGGUGCCGCCCGGCCCGCUGCCCGAGGCCGUGCUUGCUCUCUACAAUAGCACCCGCGACCGAGUGGCGGGGGAGAGCCCGGAGCCCGAGCCCGAGCCCGAGGCGGACUACUACGCCAAGGAAGUCACCCGCGUGGAAAUGCUGAAACCCUCAGAAAACGCCUAUGAGAAAUUCAGGCACAGCUCACACAGCAUCUAUAUGCUGUUCAACACGUCGGAGCUUCGAGAAGCAGUGCCCGAACCCGUGUUGCUUUCCAGGGCAGAACUGCGCCUGCUGAGGCUCAAAUUAAAAGUGGAACAGCACGUAGAGCUGUACCAGAAAUACAGCAACAAUUCCUGGCGCUACCUCAGCAACCGGCUGCUGGCCCCCAGCGACUUGCCGGAGUGGCUGUCCUUCGAUGUCACAGGAGUCGUGCGGCAGUGGCUGAGCCAUGGAGGGGAAGUAGAGGGCUUUCGCCUCAGCACCCACUGCUCCUGUGAUGACAAAGACAACACCCUCCAAGUGGAAAUCAAAGGGCUCAGUAGCAACCACCGCAGGGGUGACCUGGCUGCCAUUCAGGGCAUACACCGGCCCUUCCUGCUCCUCAUGGCCACCCCGCUGGAGAGGGCCCAGCACCUGCAAAGCACCCGGCACCGCCGGGCCCUGGACACCAACUACUGCUUCAGCUCCACCGAGAAGAACUGCUGCGUGCGGCAGCUAUACAUUGACUUCCGCAAGGACCUGGGCUGGAAGUGGAUCCAUGAGCCCAAGGGCUACCACGCCAACUUCUGCCUGGGGCCCUGUCCCUACAUCUGGAGCCUGGACACCCAGUACAGCAAGGUCCUGGCGCUGUACAACCAGCACAACCCGGGCGCGUCGGCGGCACCGUGCUGCGUGCCGCAGGCGCUGGAGCCCCUGCCCAUCGUGUACUACGUGGGCCGCAAGCCCAAGGUCGAGCAGCUGUCCAACAUGAUCGUGCGUUCCUGCAAAUGCAGCUGAGGCCCCGCCCCGCCCCGCCCCUGCCCGGCAGGCCCGGCCCCGCCCCCGCCCUCGCCCUCCGCUGCCGGGGGCUGUAUUUAAGGACACCUGCGCCCCAAGCCCACCUGGGUGCCCAUUAAAGGUGGAGACAGGACUGGGUGUCUGUGUGUCAUUGGGGGGGCCUGACUGCGCAUUCUCUCCCCGACUUUCAC